CACUUCCCUCGAUGGUUUCAGCAGGAAGACCCUUGCCAGGCUGAUUUAGUUGUGAAGACACCUUGUUUUCGUCCUUCAGCAGGAAAAUGUACUACAAGUUCAGCGGUUUCACCCAGAAACUGACGGGAUCUGGUCCCGCGGCCGCCUACAGCCCUCAGGGGCUGAAGCCGGGUGUGCCAGCAGAGGCCCCAACCAUGAUCUUCGCCACACCCACCAAGGUGGUGUCAGAGGCCGGGUCCACGGUGGAGUACAUGGGAGCAAACAGGGUCCCUGACCUCCAGAGGCUAUUCCAGACGUCGGACGGUGUCCCCAUUCAUUUGAAGCGUGGCGUCCCCGACAGGCUACUGUACCGCACCACCAUGGCUCUCACUGUGGGAGGCGCUCUCUACUGUCUGGUGGCUCUUUACUUCGCAGCCCAGCCCAACAAUAAGUGACCAACAACGCAACCCAGGAUCUCCAUCUAACACCUCAUUCAUCGACCUGACAUUCCCGGCCUCCAUCUGCCCUCGCCAUGCCACCUCUUGGGACUCAAACACAACAUCACGCUCAAUAAUAAAAAUGUCUGUCUUCUUUGUAAAACAAAUGUCUAAGUUAAUAAAUUUUAAGGGGAAACAAAGGUG